ACUCGGACCCGCGACAUCAUCAUCACGCUUGCAUAAAUUCCACCAAUGGAUCUUUCUCGAGACUCCAAUCUUCAUCACUCAUUUCGAUGCUUCUCUGAAAUACGCGCUUGCUUUUCUACGAACUUUCGAUGGAAAUGGCGGAAACUCGCGUUGCCGGCGCCGAUACGGAGAGCGGAAUUAGGAAGGUCAAUUAUCGAGCUGAGAUUGAUACAUCGCCGCCGUUCGAAUCGGUUAAGGAAGCCGUCACUCGUUUCGGUGGAAGUGGACCUUGGAUUCCUCUUUACAGGCUUGGAGAAGCUUUUCAGAACAACUUUGACGAUUUUGAUAUAAAGAAAGUGGAAGAACAAGCAGCAGAGUUGGAAAAGGAUUUGAUUGUCAAAGAACUUGAAACACUUGACGUGCUCGAAGAACUAGGUGCAACCAAAAGGAUUGUGGAGGACUUAAAGCAACAGCUACAAAAAGAAGCAUUGAAAUUAUCUGCUACUCCAGAUUUAAAUUCUAAUGAACAGGUUGGAACUCCUGUUAUUAAGGAGAUGAAUAAAGAAACUAAUGGGAAUAAUGUCAACAACAAUCAAGAACAGACAUCGCAUAUUCCAAGUUCAUGCUCUAUGUCAUCACCUGAUAUGAUUUUAAUGGACUUGAAACAAGCCAAAGUGAAUCUUGGUAAUACUAUGAAUGAACUUGAGGCGAUACAAUCGUCUGUUGAAUCUUUAAAUGAAAAGAUGAAGAAGGAGAAAGUUUUUCUGGAGAAGACACGUGAAAAGCUAGCAUCAAAGUUUGCAGCUGUGUCUGCUCAAGAGAAGGAACAAGAGCAAGCAAGAUUGAAUUCACCAUCAUCUAAUGUGGAAUUCACUUUUGAUAAUCAUGCAAAUAUGAGGAAUUUCAAUUUUGAUUCUGAGCAGCACAAUAGAAUGGUUGAGACAAGAUCUGAAGUUUCAAAGCCCUUAUCUGUGUAUCAAGAGCAAGCAAGAUUGAGUCCACCAUCAUCUCAUGUUGAAUUCACCUUUGAUAAUCCUGCAAAUACGAGGAAUUUCAAUUGGGAUUAUGAGCAGCACAAUAGAAUAGUUGAGACAAGAAGAUCUGAAGUUUCAAAUCCCUUAUAUGUGUAUGACGAGCACAGUUUUAGUGUUAAGACCGCCGAGAUGAGGUGGCUUGCAGCCAAAAAGAUGGAAGAAGCUGCAAAGGCAGCAGAAGCUAUUGCUCUUGCUGAAAUCAAGGCUCUAUCUGGCGCCGAGAGAUCAUUUGAAUUCGCUCGGCCUGAACCUCGGAAAGUCACUUUUGCUUUAGCAGAAAACUCUCCUCUAAACCCCAAGGCUAUGAUGAUGCCUGAGGAUUCAACCCCGAAGAAGGUAAUAGAUUCGAAGUUUCAAAUUGAUGAAACAAAUAUUUCUAAGCUGACUAUUUUGAAAAGGCUGGAGGAGGCAUCCGAAGAAAUUUUAACAAGCAAACAAGUCUUAUCUGAUGCUUUAAACAGAAUUGAAUCUGCAAAUAGAAAACAACAUGCUGCUAGGGAAGCUCUGCGGAUAUGGAUACCGGAGGUUGAUCUAAGGGAGAAAGCAGUGUAUAACUCUUUUAACUUUGACAAGUUUAAUCAAGCUAGAGUUCGUCGAGAUUCUUCUUUACCGGAUGUAACCAGGUCAACAACAGGAAAAAAUAAUCAAAAGCCUGUUUCGAGGCCAACAACUUCAAUGAGAGAUGUACUUAGCAGAAAGCAAGUUCCUGAAGGAUAUGCUGCAAGAAAGGAGAUGGAAGAGCAUACUGAAAGGCGAAAGGUAGCAUUGAGCCAAAUGCUUCGAGCACUGAGGGAAGAUCUAACCCUUUCACCAAAAGCUGAGAAAGACCAUGAGAGCGAUCAAAAGCAGCCUGUGGCACCGAGGAAGAAGUUUGGCUUCAUCCAUAUAUCACUCCCUAUGACUAGGCCAAGUAAGAAAAGGACAUGACAUUUUCAUUCUAAAUUAUCUUCAUUGCGUUAUUCAUGAUUCAUUACUGGUUCAUGUGUUUGAUCUCCUGUUAUUUAUUUAUGUAGAAUAAAGUAUGUGUGGUGUGACUGGUGUCUGAUUUUGUUAAAUACGUUGUGUUUGAGACUUUGAGUGAAGAUGUAUAUUCUGAAACUAGCUUUUUGUGGAGCUAGUAGAUUAUGUUGUUCUCAUUGGGUGCAUUAGAGUGAUGCCGAGUUUAUUCUCUACAGGGUAUGGAUCUUACCAUUGGUUAGUCUGAUUGUAAAAUUGUUGGAAAUAUCAUAAUCGGGUGGAUGCCCUGUUGUACCAAUAUAAAUAAAUUUAUAUUUUUUUUUGAGGAAAAA